GGCACGGAGCGCAGGCGCGCUAGUCUCGGAAGCUCGGGAGUGGAGUGUCUAUACCGCUUGGCCAUGGCGCUCAACAGGAACCACUCGGAGAGCGGAGUGAUUGUCAACAACACGGAGAACAUUCUGAUGACCUAUGAUCAUGUGGAGCUCUCCUUCAGUGACAUGGAUCAUAUGACAGAUGCCUUCAAAGGGACCAAGAAAGGCAGCCUCUAUUUGACUCCUUACAGAGUAAUUUUUCUGUCCAAGGGAAAGGACUCCAUGCAGUCAUUCAUGAUGCCGUUUUAUCUAAUGAAGGACUAUGAGAUUAAGCAGCCUGUUUUUGGUGCAAAUUACAUCAGGGGAACAGUGAAGGCAGAAGCAGGAGGUGGCUGGGAAGGGUCAGCUGUAUACAAAUUGACCUUUGUAGCAGGGGGUGCCAUCGAGUUUGGACAGCGAAUGCUACAGGUGGCUGCGCAAGCCUCCAGAGGUGAAGUCCCCAAUGGAGCUUAUGGGUACUCAUACAUGCCCAAUGGAGCCUAUGCUUUUCCUAUGCCAGCUGCCAAUGGAAUGUACCCAAAUCCUCCAGGCUACCCCUAUGCACCACCUCCACCUGAGUUUUAUCCAGGACCUCCCAUGAUGGAUGGGGCCAUAGGGUACAUGCAGCCCCCACCCCCUCCAUACCCUGGACCAAUGGAGCCACCUGUCGGUGGCCCUGAUGUACCAUCUACUCCUGCAGCUGAAGCAAAAGCUGCUGAAGCUGCUGCCAGCGCCUACUAUAAUCCUGUCAACCCCCAUAACGUCUACAUGCCCACGGUGAGUGUCCCGGGGCGGGCUGGAGGGCAGCAGCCUCGCCAGGACCAGCCCCCACCACCUCCAUACUACCCCCCAGAGGACAAGAAGACCCAGUAGAUGCACCUGCAGUCUCCUCUUCACUCACCUGCUCCUUCUUCCCCCAGAGCUGAGCUUGGAGCUGGGGGGAGGCUUUUGUCAGACCUGGCCUUUGCUUUAGGCCUGUAUGUAGUUAGCAGUAACAGGCAUGAAGAGAAAGGGAGUAGCUGGGAGAGUUCCAUUUGGCCGGGGGCGUUGACACCUCUCCUCUGCCUUGGGCAGUGGGACUUUCCACUUGAGUCGCCAUUUCCCCUUUACUCCUAUUGCAUUAUCACAGCUUCCCAUAAAGGAGGGGGCUGAUCUGACCUGCUCCUCAGCUCCUACCCAGAACUCUUAUUUUAAAAUUCCUUUUGGAAUAUCCUUGUGGCUCCUCAGCUCAGAUCAGCAGAGGUAUCUCUUGUCUCCCAGACCUGGGGAGGUGGCUUGACCUCCACCCCAAGAGUCCCCUUGAGCCUCUGCCCACAUUCCGUCUGCUCUCUGAUCUCUCCGGCUGUGAAGUCUAGUCUGGAUUUCCAGUGUGACCAUAUGAUUGGGUGGUGGCAAGCUCUCAGGAGCUCCUUCUUCCCCAUUCCCAUCCCUUCUGGGGUGUCCCGCCUGCUCAUACUCCUACUAUCUUUCCUUUUAUAUCCCCGCCACUUUGUUGUGGUUUUUGAUCGUGAGUCUGCUUCAGGACUGGAGGAAGGGAGAAUAAAGGAAAGACUGUUCAGCUGGGGAAAAGCAUACAAAUGACUGCUUGACUUUGCUCCCUUGUUUUCCUAGCUCAGGCUUUUAGAAGGUCUUGUUCCCUCCUGUGCCCAGAGGGCCGCCUAGUCCUGGAGCUGAAGAUUGCACAUCUUAUUUGACCUUCUUUAGGCUCUUCACUAGGGGGAGAUGGGGUGAAAUCUGGGGCCAAGUGUUUGCUGGACCUUGGGGCCUAACUUAGUCCUGAGUAAAAAGGUGUCUGUGGUCAGUCCCAGUUCACUUCUCAUCUCCUCCCUUUGAGCUUCAUACCUGAUUGGUGACUCUCCCCUGGACGCACUAAUUUCCUUUGAUUUCCUCUUGGACUGGCUGGAGUGUGAGGUCAUCAUUAUUUAAAAGAGAACUCCCUAUUUAUUUGAACAAAAAUCCAGUUAAUAUAUUAAUGUGAAAUAAACCCUGUUGCACCUUGAUUUGUUUGCCAAAACGAUGAUGUAGUAAAGACAAAGUAGCUUGA